AUGAACGCUGAAUGGGACGAUGAAGAAGAAGACCCGACGUACACAGGGGAAAGCACAGUAUUCAGUAGAUUGCACCCAGAUCAUGAAGCAUACAAACCGCCCAAGCGCGCAGGGUACAACCCAAAAGCAGAACAUGAUUACACCUUGAGCUAUCGUCCAGACGACAUGGCUGAAAAUUCAAAAUUCGUCAGAGAAAUCGCAACAGCCGCUAUUGACAAAAUGAAAUUGCCACACAACGUGGGCAAAUACAACGGCUUGACAGACCUAGAUGAUCAUCUCCAAGUUUUUAAUGGCGCGGGAGCAACAGGAGGAUGGAAUUUACCAACUUGGUGCCAUCUCUUCGCUCAAACAUUUGUCGGGGCAGCACGCAUUUGGUUCGACAGCCUGCCAGCAGGAAGGAUCAAAUCAUGGACCGACUUUCGAGAGAAGUUCCUCGUGCACUUCUCUCAGCAGCGCAGACACACCAGAGAUCCAGCUGAUUGUUUGAACAUAUGGCGCAAGGACCACGAAAGCGUGGAAGAUUUCAUCACCAGAUACAACAAAGAAUGUCUGGAAAUUGGGGAUGUAGGCGAAAAGAUGAUGCGCGCGCACUUCAUGAAGGCAGUCAAAUGCGACGAUCUAAUCAAGCGAGUAAAGGGAAGAGACGGAGGACCCAAAGAUUGGGAAACCUUCAUUGAAGCAGCCAAGACCAUUGCGCAAACAGACAAACAGUUGACUGGUGAUGAUCACCGUCAGCGCGGAUAUAACCACAAUGACCGGCACAACAAAAAGGGCAGAAGCCAACCAUGGAAAGCGUCCGGUCAUAGAGAAAGAAGCCCAGCAAGGGAGGAUGCGCGCCACACAAUCAAUCAGAUAGCCCACCGGAAAGAGGUAAAAAGAGAAAACAGGGAGAAACAGUGGACACCACUAACGAAGACCCCUUCCAAGGUUUUGGUCACCGAGAAUCACCAGUUCAAACCACCCCUACAAAUGCGAAACAAGAGGGGUCAAGAUCCCAAUCUUUUCUGUGAAUUUCACAAAGACACAGGCCACUUAACUGACGACUGCUUCAGCUUAAAGCAAGAAAUAGAAAGGGCCUUGAGAGAUGGAAAGCUCACUCAUUUGGUAAAAGGUGGAAAGCGCGACUACCGCCAAAUUCAAAGAAGGGAAGAAGGGCCAGAUAACAAAAAAACUCCGUAA